AAGCAUCCAACGCAACAGCUAUCUAAAAAUCACGCUAUUAGUUGCCUUGAUAUGCAUCGACAUCUGUUCAUGCCUGAAACAAUACGAGAUCCAUUGCCAUUCCUUCUGAAUAUGCUUCCUUUACGCCCUUCGGUUCCCCCAAACCUAGCCCUCACCUGGUCUCAGCAAUGGCCGAUUUUAUGCUCCCUACAACAUGAAUUAGAUCAGCUAUACUAUAAUAAACUGAUCCCUACUAAGCAUUCCCAUGGUCAAAAGCUUCUUGUAUGGUUAAAGCAAUCCAUUUAACUUUUCAUCGAUAACCCUAUUCAUUAAUUUCCGUUUGCAUUUUUUACCCUUGUACCCAUUAGGGAUUUUUUCGCUACCAUUCACUUCCAAACGGAUUGAACGGGUCCGGGUGGAUGUUUAUUUUAUUAUUUUAUUUUUG